AACCGAACUCACUCGUCCUCUCUCCUCAACAACUAAAAAACCUCGCGAAGUGUGAAAAAUGAAAUGAAUUCCCCACCUAUACAUACACACAAUUCCCAAACUACCUAACAAUCGAUGGUGAAAAAGCAGCUGCCUGAUUGGCUCAACAGCUCUCUCUGGUCCUCCAAUCCGCCUCCACCGCCGGCCGAUGACCCCUCUCCUUCCGAUCACUCUCCGUUUGACCGGAAACCGGUUGUUCCGGUGACUCCGCCAGGGGCGAUUGAACCGCCGGAGCCGGUGAAAGUUGAGGCGAGUGAUCCGUUGCUUGAUGAUGCUGUUAGUGAUCAUCAGGAUGAGUUUGAGAAUGGUGCUAGUUCGGUGAGUUCUGUGGUGGAAGAUGCUUCGAAACAGGCUCAGCUCUUACACGAGAUUUCGAACAAGGUUAUCAGUUUGACUGAAUUGCGGAGACUUGCGUCACAGGGUAUACCUGAUGGUGCCGGCGUCAGAAGUGCGGUUUGGAAGUUGCUAUUGGGGUAUCUCCCGGGUGAUCGAGCGCUUUGGCCUUCUGAAUUGGCCAAGAAGAGGUCUCAAUACAAGAACUUCAAAGAUGAGCUUUUGUUGAAUCCUUCAGAAAUCGCAAGGAACAAGGGUAACUCCAUCAAUUUAGACCCUGAUGAAACAAGGAAGGAGAACAAAGGUUUACUUUCAAGAUCAGAAAUCAGCCAUGAUGAGCAUCCUUUAAGCCUAGGGACAACAAGCGCCUGGAAUAAGUUCUUCCAGGACACUGAGAUCAUUGAACAGAUUGACCGUGAUGUGAUGCGUACUCAUCCUGACCUUCAUUUUUUCUCCGGAGACUCGCAGUUUGCAAAAUCUAAUCAGGAGGCUCUGCGAAGUAUAUUGAUCAUAUUUGCCAAAUUGAAUCCUGGUAUCAGAUAUGUCCAAGGCAUGAAUGAAGUGUUGGCGCCUUUGUAUUAUGUGUUCAAAAACGACCCCGCCGAGGAAAAUGCAUCCUCCGCGGAAGCAGACACAUUCUUUUGUUUUGUGGAACUGAUCAGUGGAUUCCGCGACAAUUUCUGCCAGCAACUUGACAAUAGUGUAGUGGGUAUACGAUCCACGAUUACAAAGAUGUCACAGCUUUUGAAAGAGCAUGACGAAGAACUCUGGCGCCAUCUUGAGGUCACAUGUAAAGUAAAUCCCCAGUUUUAUGCAUUUAGAUGGAUCACCCUCCUAUUAACCCAAGAAUUCAAUUUUGCGGACAGUCUUCACAUUUGGGAUACACUCUUAAGUGAUCCCGAAGGUCCUCAAGAGACAUUGCUCCGGGUUUGCUGUGCAAUGCUUAUUCUUGUGCGGAGGCGUUUACUUGCCGGCGACUUCACCUCUAAUCUCAAGCUGCUACAAAAUUAUCCAUCAUCAAACAUUAGCCACCUGCUUUAUGUUGCCAAUAAGUUGCGGUCUCAUCCUGGCUAGAGCAGGUGCUUACCCUAUAAAGACACUGUACUUUAUAAUUGUGUUAGUUUGGUGUUUCUAUAACUAGUUCUAGGUGGAUGUAAAUGUAUUUAGUUGCAAUACCUUUCUGUCUAAAUAAUUAUUUGUCUGUGUAUUCACAAAACAAUUUUUUCGUCAAUUAAUAUUAUGUUUAAUAAAA